AUGACAUCAGAGGCCCGCUCAUCCCAUCAAUGCUGCCGGGACCGUACAUCAUCCAGAUACAGGAUAUGGUUUGGGCUACUGUGGGUGCUGCUGGCAGGCAUCAGUCCGGGCUCAUGGGCCCAGCAGGGCGCCCAGCCGCAAUCCAUCAAAAUCGAGGGCGACAUCAAAUUGGGUGGGCUGUUCCCGGUGCACUCGCGGGGGCCUGCUGGGGUGCCCUGCGGGGAUAUCAAGAGAGAAAAGGGGAUCCAUCGACUGGAGGCCAUGCUGUACGCCCUGGACCAGAUCAACAGCGACCCGGACUUGCUGCCUAACAUCACUCUGGGGGCCCGGAUCCUGGACACCUGCUCCAGAGACACCUACGCCCUGGAGCAGUCGCUCACCUUUGUCCAGGCCCUGAUCCAGAAGGACAACUCAGACGUGCGCUGUUCGAAUGGGGAACCUCCAAUCAUCCCUAAACCAGAGAGGGUGGUUGGGGUGAUUGGGGCAUCUGGUAGCUCUGUGUCCAUCAUGGUGGCCAAUGUGCUCAGAUUGUUUGCGAUCCCCCAGAUCAGCUAUGCCUCCACUGCCCCGGAGCUGAGUGACAAUAGCCGCUACGAGUUCUUCUCCCGUGUGGUGCCUCCUGACUCCUACCAGGCCCAGGCUAUGGUGGACAUCGUCAAAGCCAUGGGCUGGAACUACGUUUCCACGAUUGCCUCUGAGGGCAACUAUGGAGAAAGCGGUGUUGACGCCUUCCAACAGAUAUCCAGAGAAACAGGAGGGCUGUCUAUUGCACAGUCCAUAAAGAUACCCAGAGAACCUAGACCAGGGGAGUUUGAGAAGGUCAUCAAGAGACUUAUGGAGACAUCAAACGCUCGCGGGGUCAUCAUCUUUGCUAAUGAAGACGACAUCAAGCGAGUGUUGCAGGCUGCCAAAAAGGCCAACCUGACAGGCCACUUCCUGUUUGUUGGCUCUGACAGCUGGGGGGCCAAGAGCUCCCCCAUUCAGGACCUGGAGGAGGUGGCUGAGGGUGCUGUCACCAUCUUGCCCAAAAGAGCCUCUAUUGACGGAUUUGACCAGUACUUUACUUCGAGAUCUCUGGAAAACAACAGAAGAAACAUCUGGUUUGCAGAAUUUUGGGAGGAUGACUUCAAGUGCAAACUGACUCGCCCUGGUAUCAAAUAUGAACUUGGUAGAAGAAAAUGUACAAGUGAAGAAAGAAUCAGUCGAGAUUCUCAGUAUGAACAAGAGGGCAAAGUUCAGUUUGUGAUUGAUGCUGUUUAUGCCAUGGCCCACGCCUUGCAUAGCAUGCACCUGGACCUGUGUCCUGGCUACAUGGGUGUCUGUGAAAAGAUGGACCCUGUGGAAGGACGGAUGCUCCUCCAGUACAUCCGCUCUGUCAACUUCAACGGCAGUGCAGGAACAGGAGUGAUGUUCAAUGAGAACGGAGACGCCCCUGGUCGUUAUGACAUCUUCCAGUAUCAAUUGUCGAAUGUCAGCAACCCUGGCUACAGGAAUAUUGGCCAAUGGACAAACCAUCUACGACUCAAUUCGGAGGAGAUGCAGUGGUCAGGCGGUGAUCGUAAGAUCCCUGAGUCAGUGUGCAGUUUCCCCUGUGAGAUGGGUGAGAAGAAGAAGAUGGUAAAAGGCGUUCCAGUCUGCUGGCACUGCGAGCUCUGUGAUGGUUACCAGUACCUGCUGGAUGAGUUCUCCUGUGACAUGUGCCCCUUCGACAUGAGACCAACAGAGAACCGUACAGGUUGCCGGCCAACACCCAUCAUCAAGCUGGAGUGGAGCUCUCCCUGGGCCGUCAUCCCUGUCUUUUUGGCAAUCCUAGGAAUCCUGGCCACCAGUGGGGUCAUUAUCACCUUCAUCCGCUUCAACGACACGCCCAUUGUUCGGGCAUCUGGCAGAGAGCUCAGUUAUGUGUUGCUGACGGGCAUCUUCCUCAUCUACCUCAUCACAUUCCUCAUGAUUGCAGAGCCCAGUACCGCUGUUUGCGCUUUCCGCAGGCUGCUGCUGGGCCUCGGCAUGGCUAUCAGCUACUCUGCCAUGCUCACAAAGACGAACCGGAUCUACCGCAUCUUUGAGCAGGGCCAGAAGUCGGUAACACCCCCGAAAUUCAUCAGCCCCACCUCUCAGCUGAUUAUCACCUUCAUACUCAUUUCAGUGCAGUUACUUGGGGUGUUCAUCUGGUUUGGUGUGAUGCCCCCUCACACCAUCAUUGACUACGAGGAGCAGAAGCCUCCAAACCCAGAGUUUGCCCGUGGGGUCCUCAAGUGUGACAUGUCUGACCUGUCGCUCAUGUUGUGUCUGAGCUACAGUAUCGUCCUGAUGGUCACCUGCACGGUGUACGCCAUCAAGAGCAGAGGAGUUCCUGAGACCUUCAACGAGGCCAAGCCCAUUGGCUUCACUAUGUACACCACCUGCAUCGUCUGGCUUGCCUUCGUACCCAUCUUUUUUGGCACCGCACAGUCUACCGAGAAGAUGUUUAUCCAGACCACCACCCUGACAGUGUCCAUGAGCCUGAGUGCCACCGUAUCCCUGGGCAUGCUCUACAUCCCCAAAGUCUAUGUCAUCAUCUUCCACCCUGAGCAGAACGUCCAGAAGAGAAAGCGCAGCGUAAAAGCCGCGCCGGCGGCGACCACCGUGUCCCAGAAGUCCAACGAUAAACAGAACGGAGAGUCCAAGAUUGUGCCGGACAGAUCACAGUGA